UGUGCAGACAUCGUUAGUAAAGCCACGCAAGAUAACAUGAUUAGUUUUUGUUUAUCUCUCAUUACCGAAGCAUCAGUGCUAUUUUUUCGCGAAGAUAGAAUGUAAACACCGGGGAGUUGAAGAAUCAAGUGCAUUGAUAGGUGUAAUGUGAACUUGGAGAGUGAUUUUACAACAAACGUUGUGCAAUACAUGGAUUUGACCAGGGAGCCAAUUACGAAAAGUAGAGCGGGGUGAAGCAAUUGAAUUGGUUUUAUACACUUUCACAUCCAACGCAUAGACAGAUCCGUAAACUUGCCAACAUAAUGGUUUUGAUUGUAAAGAUCUUACGUAAUAUGAGAAUUCCAAGAUGGUCCACUAUCUUGCCUAUACUGUUUUAUUUAAUGUUUAUCAUAUGCAUAUUGAUGCUGGCGUUUCCUAUGGGUACGCGAGAUGAAAUAAACGGGAAACGAAGUAAAACACCAAAUGAGUUUGAUAAUAGUUUAGAUGUUGUAGCAAAGGACAUUGAUCAAAACACCAUACAUGAAUUGACUAAUGCUUUCGAUAAGGCAGACACCAAUGAUAAUAAAUACCUGACAAUGCAAGAACUCGCUAAAUAUAUUAAUUUUAAAAUAAGAGAUCAUAUCGACUACGCAAUACGCAGCAAUCCAACUAUUUUCGUUGAUAUUGACCAAAAACCUCGAGAUGGACUAGUCAGCUGGGAUGAGUAUCAAUCAUACGCACUGCGUGAUAAACGCACAAACGAAGGCCACUUGAAGACAAUAUUAUUCGAUCAGAAUAAGAAAAAUAAACAGGCCAUCGCCCGAGACAAAGCUCUUUGGAUGGAGGCAGCCCGUACCGACCCUAUGAGCUUGACGUUGGACGAAUUCCUUUCCUUCCGGCAUCCUGAAUCGAGCACAGUAAAUCUACUGACUCUAGUGGAUGACAUCCUUCACCAGUUCGACAUGGACGGUGAUGAUCGGCUCACCGAAACUGAGUUCUCCGACGUAUUGCCAAAUGGGAUCGUUGAUACUAACAGUAAAAAAAUAAUUCUCUCACAAAGCGAACGCGAACGAAGGGAAGAAUUCACCAAGGUAAUCGAUAAAAACCGAGAUGGUAAAGCGGAUCAGGGAGAACUGCUUUCGUAUGUCGACCCACGUCACCCAAGAUAUGCCAUCCAAGAAGCUGCAUCUCUGUUUAACUUAGCAGAUAAGAAUAACGACAAAAGAUUGACUCUACAAGAGAUAAUGGCGAAAUCAUCAAUAUUUGUUUCAUCUAAGAUGAUCAAUACUGCAGACAGUUUCCAUGACGAAUUCUAGCGCGUUUGUUCCAUAUCGCAACUCUCACAUGUCUUACAUAAUUUGUUGAUAUUAGUAAUAUGUGUUCAAUAAAUAUAUAUUCUGUUCAUAA